GCUAGAAGGAGACGUUUCCUCGUUUUUCAGCUGCUUGUAUCUUUCUGACACACUUUGAAAUUGCAUUUUCAUCAUAUUUUAUUUGUUCAUUAUAAACACACAGACACAUCUCUCUCUCUCUCUCUCUCUCUCUCUUAAAAAAAAAAAAAAGUUCUUUUGUUGCUCAUCAAAGGGUGCUUGGCUGCAUCAAAUGAUUUGAAAAGGGAAAGGGUCAAAUCAAGAGGAAGUUCUCACUUGUUUGAUCUAUUCGCAGUGCAGAGAUGAUCAUGAAGCACGUGCACACUCGGAUUUUCGUCACACCAGGAAUGUUUGUUUGAAAAUGAAGACCUUCACAGACUCCAACAGAGUAGUCCUGUUCAUCCAUUCCAGACAGCUUUGUUUCAUGGGUUGACAGAGACUCUCUCUCUGACCCUCCCAUACUCAUAAGUAAACCCACAAAAACACACAUCUUUUCCAAGAAACGAUGGCGACGUACUUUCAUGGCAAUUCUGAAAUCCAAGCAGCCGAUGGGUUACAAACCCUUGUGCUCAUGAACCGAGGCUAUGUACAAUACUCUGACACUCCACCACCGCCACCGCAGUCACAACCCAACAACUUUGUAUUUCUAAACUCGGCUGCGGCUGCUGCUGCCGCGAAUUCCUUGAAUCUGCCUCACGCGCCGCCUCCCCACACCCAACAAUUUGUCGGCAUCCCACUUUCCAACGCGGGUUCCGCGGGGGACCCCACUCCCCAAUCCAUGCACGCAGCACACCACGAGUUCUCUGCCCUGCAUGGCUUCGCCCCGCGUAUGCAGUACAACCUUUGGAAUUCAAUUGACCCCAACACGGCGGCGCGUGAGACCCCACGCGCGCAGCAAGGGUUGUCUCUGAGUCUCUCUUCGCAGCAGCCGACAGGUGGGGGAUAUGGGUCUUUCCGGUCUGACCGGGACGUUCCACCGCAGGCUCAAGGGCCUGCCAUUUCCGGGGAGGAGCAUAUGCGGGUUUCGGCCGGCGGGUCGCCUUCUUCGGCUUCCGGGGUCACCAAUGGUGUCUCGGGUAUUCAGAGUGUGUUGCUGAGCUCUAAGUACUUGAAGGCUGCUCAAGACCUUCUUGAUGAGGUUGUGAAUGUUGGGAAUGGAAUUAAGAGUGAGAUAUCAAAGAAGGUCAAUGGAAAGGUAAUCGGAGAAUCAUCAGUAGCGGUGAGCGGUGACGGCUCAGUUGGCGGUGAAGGGAGUGGUAAGCGGGCCGCCGAGCUAUCCACGGCCGAGAGACAGGAAAUUCAGAUGAAGAAGGCAAAGCUUAUUAACAUGCUUGAUGAGGUGGACCAAAGGUACAGGCAGUACCACCACCAGAUGCAGAUUGUGAUUUCCUCAUUUGAACAAGCAGCUGGGUUAGGCUCAGCAAGAACGUACACAGCCCUUGCUCUACAGACAAUCUCAAAGCAGUUUCGGUGUUUGAAAGAUGCAAUAACUGGUCAAAUUAGAGCUGCAAAUAAGAGCUUAGGUGAAGAAGAUUGCCUAGGAGGGAAGAUUGAAGGUUCAAGACUCAAAUAUGUUGAUCACCAUCUUAGACAACAACGAGCUCUCCAACAGCUGGGAAUGAUCCAACACAAUGCUUGGAGACCCCAGAGAGGAUUGCCUGAAAGAUCAGUUUCUGUUCUUCGUGCUUGGCUUUUUGACCACUUUCUUCACCCAUAUCCUAAGGAUUCAGAUAAGCACAUGCUUGCAAAGCAGACUGGGCUUACUAGGAGCCAGGUGUCUAAUUGGUUCAUCAAUGCUCGAGUUCGUCUUUGGAAGCCAAUGGUGGAGGAGAUGUAUUUGGAGGAACUCAAGGAGCAAGAGCAGAAUGGAUCAGAGGACAAAUCAAGCAAGAGCAAUGAUGAUUCAGCUUCAAAGUCCAGUGCUCCACAAGAGAAAAGUUCUGCUACUGAAAAUCAAACCAGAAGUUUCAAUUCCAAACAAGAGAAUUCUACAAACCAGAAUGGUGCUGCAAUUACAAUUUCCAAAGCCUCAACAUCUCCGGUCGGAGGAAGUAUGAGGAACCACUCUGGAUUCACUCUCCUUGGGGCAUCAGAAUUGGAAGGAAUCACACAAGGAAGUCCCAAGAAACCAAGGAGCAAUGACAUGCUGCAUUCUCCAAAUAGUGUCCCAUCAAUAAACAUGGAUGUCAACAUGGAUAUCAAGCCCAAUGAGGCAAAUAAUGAGCAAGUUUCUAUGAAAUUUGGUGAUGAAAGGCAGAGCAGAGAUGGCUACUCAUUCAUGGGCAGCCAAACCAACUUCAUUGGAGGUUUUGGGCAAUACCCAAUUGGGGAAAUAGGAAGGUUUGAUGCUGAGCAAUUUGCACCAAGGUUUUCAGGCAAUGGAGUUUCUCUCACUCUUGGUCUCCCCCACUGUGAAAACCUCUCCUUGUCUGGAACCCAUCACACAUUUCUCCCUAAUCAAAGCAUUCAAUUGGGAAGAAGAGUAGACAUUGGUGAACCAAACGAGUUUGGUGCCAUAAACACUUCCACCCCUCACUCUUCAGCUGCAUAUGAGAGCAUCAACAUUCAGAACCCAAAGAGGUUUGCUGCACAAUUGUUGCCAGACUUUGUGGCUUAAACAGGAGCAUGAAGAAAUGAGAUAGAUGAUACUAUGGGUUCAGGGUAUGUUUCAUAAUUCAUUUCUAUUCCCUAUAAUAAUAGGGGAGCAUGGAAACUGCAUGGUAGUGUAAAGAAAGAAGAAAAUUUACUUAGUAUAGGUUUAUACUUUUGCAUAGAACCAUUUGCGUUGUUAGACAGCUUAGGAUUUCAGAGCAUAUGGUUGAGGAUUGUAUAUUAUUUUUGUAAGUUUUGAAGAUGGGAUAGAUGGAUUGUUGUCAUAAAAAUUAGUAAUAUGGGGUAUACCAAUAAUUUUAAUGAUUUUAAGUAUAUGUUGGUGUGAUGGUUGUAUAUUCCAUCAAAUGAAGGAAAAGUAGAGGGAACUCUAUUCUACCAAUCAAUCCAUGCAAAUGCAUUGAAAAUUUCCUUUCUUGUAUUCAAGCUUGAACAGUAAAUGAAUUGAAAUAUGGCUUCUUC